AUGACGGCCGAACGAAGUGGAAUGUCAUCUCGACUGCGCUUAUACCCGAGACAGUUACGGGAAGAUGAAGCUUAUGAUGACCACGAUGAGAGGAAAGUCUUUGCAAAUGAGCCAGAACUGCACGAUUCAGAACUUAAUGAGGAUCUUCUUUGCGGUGUAGAGAUUCUCAAUGAAGGUGAUAUCGACGAGCAAGAUGAGCUCCAGUUUAUGCGCUCACAAGGGUACAAAGGUGAAAGGAGAAUUAUCAAGCCACGCAAGCGACGGCGAGGUGCUGAUGAUGACAGUAGCUUGGAUCAUGACAUCGACUAUGCUGCGACGAACUACUACCAUCGUUACAAAAAUAAAGCGUAUGUUCGGAGGAACGAUGUGGGUAAAUAUUGCCAAGUAUGCAAAGCAAAACGAUUGGGAGGACGUUCUCGAGGGCUUCCAAGUGAUUUGCAGCUUCGCAAACUAUGGAUUCUGAGAUUCAAUCUUGAGCCGGAACGCGCAGCUGAGCUAUGGGUGAAGGAUGCAUUUGCCGACAAUUCGCAUAGCGGUGAAGUAUGUGCAAUGCAUUUUCCCGAAGGCUCGGACUCCUACCGUAAUUCAAGGGAUGUUUUGCCGAUCGACAUGAGAGAACCACAUUUGAUGAGCCAUGACCCUGACGAUGUCGACUUUGGCAACAUGAUUCUAACGUGUGUGUUUUGUAACGCCGAACGACCUUUGAAGUCUAUGAUUCCAUUUGCUCGUGCACGCUUCCGAAGACGCCGAUGGAUCACGGCUCUCAGCGGUAAUGAUGCGCAAACUGAGAACCACCUUCGCGAAGCCUUGAAAAAUGGAGCCACCAAGUUUCUCUGUGAUUGGCAUUUUGCUGAUGUGUGUUUUUCUAUAAAUACAUUUGGUGAAUGGAAGCUGAAAAAAGACGCUUUACCAAACCCACAUUUGGAAGAGAAUGAGCGAACAACCAUGCGUAUUUAUAUGAUUAAUCACGUGGACUCAACUGUACAGAGGAAUGAUGAGUUACGGAGAAGAAGAGUGAAUUUCUUGCUGCUUAGAAAGCAUGCCCAAGAGAAGGAACGAAUGGAUCGGGAGAAUACACGCUCCGUGAUUGACAAGAUGCGACGUACAUUCCCAAGACUUGUGUCAGAUGGAGCAGGGGACCAUAUGAUUUACGAGUCCGAUCAUUUGCCUUCCGACUUUACUAGUGGGAAUGGACGUCGCCUAAACUCUGAUAAUAUGCAUAACUCAACUGAAUAUUUGGAAAUAGACCCUGAAAUGCCAUUGUUAUAUCCGGAUCACGCAGAUGGUCCUUCGGAAGUCUAUCAAGAAAGGCCUUCAACAUCUCAAGGCCUUCUAGGGAAUGGCUAUUACGACCCGUUUGUCGACGGCAAUGUUGAUUUUUCUGACGAAAGUGAUACGGAAAUGGAAAUCAUACAAAAGAUGCAGAGGACAGUAGAUGUAGUUGUGUCAGAGGCUCGUCAAUGUGAAUACUGCCAUGUGAUUGUUUCCUUAGAACGAUCAAAGUCUGAACAUCGCAUGCGGACAUGGCCUUACGACGAUGUGAAACACGAGAAAUAUCUAUCAAUUAUGCAGUUUCCGAAAGACUUUGAAGAAGAACUGCGACGCCUCUGGGUGAAAAGGCGAAUAGAGCCACUUGAUGUGGUUGCUGGGAGCGUUUAUAAGUAUCCUACUAUUAGCAUAUGUCAGCAUCACUUGGAAUUAGCGGGAGUUUUUGAACAAAUAGACUCUUGGCUUUCUAAGUACUGUGUAUUGUGUGACGAAGAACUUGGAGAUGAAAACCUCUUACUUCCUUUCCCUUUGGACAGGAGCAGCAGAUUGGCCUGGGCGAAGAGUCUUUUUUUGGGGAAGCCGGUGAACAAUCUUGUACAUAAGCAACAACGAUGGCUACGGGAGCGAUUGACUCGAGAGACAGCAACCCGCUAUCGCUUGUGUCUUUUCCAUUUUCCCAAAAGUAGUUUUUCUGUAUCUAAGGACUGUAUUGAUUUCGAUCAAACUUCACAACCUCUUAGCUUGAACAUCUGCCAGUACGAAAAAAUCCCUCGUGGUCCGCAGGGUGUCGUAAAAUGUCCGCUUUGUGAUACAUGGAAUGUUGAAGCAGAUACUACCCAGAUUCGAACACCGAGAGGAGCUGCUGAGCGCAAUUUUCUUGUCGAGUUUCUCAUCAGCGGCGACAAAGCGACUCUGAGAAGAGGCGUAGAGAAGCUAUCGGCUGAAGCAUCCACCAUCUGCAAAGCGCACAUGGAAAAAGACCCUUUCGAGUUGAUCGCUGAGCGGAGGUUGGUGGGAUCAAUUAUGGCGCAGUGCGUGGCGUGUUCGGUGCAUGACUUUGCACAGAAUAUGACUCCGUUCCCCCACGAACCGGCAGAACGAACGAUGUGGGUGGAUUCCAUGUCACGUCGGCGAGCAAACAGAAUGCGUUUGCUGAACCGUUUAUCAAUGGAAGGGCGUCAUUAUCUCUGUCCUCAGCAUUUUCAUGUUAAUGCUCUUCGGUACAUUCCCGGUCUAGGCAUUUUCAAGAAAGCUUUUUUCCUUCCCACCCAUGACGCAAAUGAACAAGUAAUCACUCGAGUACCAGAACCACACGAAGAUGACUACAACCCAAUACUAAUCGAAGGUUUCGAUAAUGAAAAGGUUCAAUGGACCCUCGAUUACGACAAAGUGAUCAGUGUGGUCGGAGAGCCAAGCGAAGAAAUUCAUCAAGAAUUUGAUGACGAACACUUCGAGAUGACCUCGUCUUAUCGUGGACUGGAUCAUCCUUUGAAUCGAGACCAGGAAGAGAAACCGCAUCCAGUAGUGAUUGACGGAGAGAGGAGCUACAGUUACGAACAAGAUAAUGGCGAUCCAGAGGAGCUUCAUGGUAAUGUUCAAAUAAUCCCCGCUGAUGGAGAGACUCAAAUAUUGCUGGAGGAGUUGCCUAUUCCCGAAAGAGAGGAAAUAGUCAGAACCGGAGGUUUCAACUGA